AUAAGAUGUCUGAAGACUCUCUUGUCGUCACCUGCUCUGUCUCCCAAGAUCCCGACUCCUUCGUUCCUACCUAUGCUCUCAUCGAUACAGGAGCAUCAGGAUAUGCGUUUAUUGAUCAAGGUUUUAUGGAAAAAUAUGGACUCUCCUCCGAACCCCUGAAGACACCACGCCUCCUUGAGGUAAUCGAUGGUAGGCUAGUCGAAUCAGGAAAAAUUACCCACGUCGCUCGUCUUUCAUUAGAUAUCCAUGGUCACCAGGAAACUGCUCCAUUCUUCGUUACCCAGUUGAGUCACUAUCCGAUUGUAUUGGGAAUACCUUGGAUGCGACAUCAUGAUGUUACGAUUCGGCCGAAGGAAAAUUUACUUGUUUUUGACUCUCUAAGCUGUUGUCAACACUGUUCACUCAGUAGAACGACAGUUACUGUCCAUGGAAUUUCGAUCCCUCUACCGGAACAUCAUACUGUUGUCGUUUCAGCAGUUGAAAAAUCCACCGUCGACGUCAAGCAACUAGUACCAAAGGAGUUCCACCAUCGUCUCCAUAUGUUCCAAGAAUAUGAUGUUUCAGUCCUUCCACCACAUCAGCCGUCACAUGAUAUUGAGAUCGUAUUGGAGGAAGGUAAACGACCACCGUACGGACCAAUAUAUGGAUUAUCCCAGGUUGAAUUAAAAGCACUACGGGAAUACCUUGACGAAAAUCUACCUAAAGGAUUUAUUCGAGCCAGUGAGUCACCAGCGGGAGCACCCAUACUAUUCGUAAAGAAAAGUGAUGGGACUCUUCGGCUUUGCGUAGAUUAUCGGGGCCUCAAUGCAAUCACGAUCAAAAAUCGGUAUCCGUUACCAUUGUUAAAAGAAACCCUGGCCAAGUUAUCAAAAGCGCAAUAUUAUAUCAAGCUGGAUCUACGUUGGGGAUAUAACCAAAUCAGGGUCGCCGAGGGAGACGAAUGGAAGACGGCGUUCAGGACUCGUUAUGGACACUUCGAGUAUACUGUAAUGCCGUUCGGAUUAGCUAAUGCCCCUGCCACGUUCCAACAUUGGAUCAAUGAUAUUUUACGACCAUACCUCGACCAAUUUGUGACAGCAUACCUAGAUGACAUUCUUAUCUACUCGGAAACCCUGGCAGAACACAAAGAGCACAUUCGAAAGGUUUUGAAAGUACUUGAUGAGAAUCAUGUUCACUGUGAGGGAUGCGUAGAAGUCUCCAAGGUCUCUUCAGUCAACGUCGAGUAUGAUUCUCCUUGA